AGCAAAGAACCGAGGCUGGGCGCGCGACCCUAGUCCUUCUGCCCCUGGCCGCACACUUUACGCAAAUCUCUUUUCUGCAUGGUGGAUAUUCUUUUUCAUUAUCCUUUUCUGGGUGCUAUGGGAGAUCAUUCCAAGAAGAAACCCGGGACGGCCAUGUGCGUGGGCUGCGGGAGUCAGAUCCACGAUCAGUUUAUCCUGCGGGUGUCGCCGGACCUCGAGUGGCACGCCGCCUGCCUCAAGUGCGCCGAGUGCAGCCAGUACCUGGACGAGACCUGCACGUGCUUCGUGAGAGACGGGAAGACCUACUGCAAGCGGGACUACGUCAGGCUGUUCGGCAUCAAGUGCGCUAAGUGCCAGGUGGGCUUCAGCAGCAGCGACCUGGUGAUGCGAGCGCGGGACAGCGUGUACCACAUCGAGUGCUUCCGCUGCUCCGUGUGCAGCCGCCAGCUGCUGCCCGGAGACGAGUUCUCACUGCGGGAGCACGAGCUGCUCUGCCGUGCGGACCACGGCCUCCUGCUAGAGCGCGCCGCGGCCGGCAGCCCGCGCAGCCCUGGCCCACUCGCCGGCGCCCGCGGCCUGCAUUUACCAGACCCCGGAGCGGCCCGGCAGCCCUCGCUGCGACCGCACGUGCACAAGCAGACGGAGAAGACAACCCGCGUGCGAACCGUGCUCAACGAGAAGCAGCUGCACACACUGCGAACGUGCUACGCCGCCAACCCGCGGCCGGACGCACUCAUGAAGGAGCAGCUGGUGGAGAUGACCGGCCUGAGCCCGCGGGUCAUCCGCGUCUGGUUUCAAAACAAGCGCUGCAAGGACAAGAAGAAAUCCAUUCUCAUGAAACAACUGCAGCAGCAACAGCAUAAUGACAAGACGAGCCUCCAGGGACUGACCGGGACGCCCCUGGUGGCCGGCAGCCCCAUCCACCACGAGAGCGCGGUGCAGGGCAGCGCAGUGGAGGUUCAGACUUACCAGCCUCCGUGGAAAGCGCUCAGCGAAUUCGCCCUCCAGAGCGACUUGGACCAACCCGCCUUCCAGCAGCUGGUCUCCUUCUCCGAGUCCGGCUCCCUGGGCAACUCCUCUGGCAGUGACGUGACCUCCCUGUCCUCACAGCUCCCCGACACCCCCAACAGCAUGGUGCCGAGCCCUGUGGAGACGUGAGGGGGACCCCUUCCCGCCAGCCGGCGGACCUCGCAUGCUCCCUGCAUGAGAACUCACCCAAGCUCAGGCCAUUCCAGCUCAGAAAACUCUCUCGCUUUUAAAAUUCUUAUUAUUGUUAUUUAACGAGAGAGCGCCGAGAAAGCGGUCAGGACAGCCAAAAGCGCCAGGGCGCAACCUGCUUUCCACCAGACUGAAGAGCCCGGCUCCAAAGACUUAUUUUUUCAGAACCAGAAUUUGAGAUUUACUAGAAAUUAGCUCUGCCCUCGCUUCCCCCACGCUACUGUGGCCGCUGGCGCCCUGUCUCUUUGCGCUACCCCGCCCAUUCAUUCACCCUGAGCGUGGAGAACACGCAGGGUCCUUCUCAUGCCGCGCCAGCUCCGCGCUCGCCCACGGGGUCUUCUCCCCCCAAGCCCGCCCCCAACUCCUGGGCCUUAGAGGGAAGAGGAACGGGGAAGCCCCCAAAUAACAGCCACGUAACCCCCAAGGCGCAUGAUUGCUGAGAGGGGAAAUAGAAAUGAGACUUUCUUUGAAAAUAUUUUAAAUUAUCAAUCGACGGAGGACAGAGUGUGUGAGCCUUUGCCGAACAAACAAACGUAAGUUAUUGCUAUUUAUUGUGAGAACAGCCAGUUCAUAGUGGGACGGAUAUUUUGAUCUUAAUAAAAAAUAAUAA